AUGUCUUCCCCUACCCUCGCCUUUAGCGCGCAGAUCCCCGCCUUCGUCGCCGCGAAAAACCCACCUCCCCAGCCCACUUCUCUUCCGUCGCCUCCUCUUUCUGUCUCGAGCGACUCGUAUCCCUCUGGCCAGGCCCAGCUCGACGCUCUUGACCUCGACGGACUCGAGGACCUCAGCUUCGACUUGGCGACCACUCCCCAGUCGACGACUCUUGCCUCGCCCAAGACCGCCGCCGGCCUCUCUCCCUCGGCCUCGUUCUCGUUCGACCCCACCGUCGACCUCCUCGGCAACAACCUAGGCCUCACCCAGGAGUCUCUUCAGCAGCAGCAGCAGGGUCCCCAUUCGACUACUGCCGACGCCCUUAGUGCUCAUCACCUCGAGCGCUACCUCCACUACAAGGCGCUCGCUGCUCAAGCCCAGGCGGAUCUCUCCGUGUCCAUCCUCGGCGCCAACCAGCUCAUGCCUGGUGACGACUACCAGAAGCAGAAGAUGCUUGCUAUCCAGCCCAACCCUCAGCCGUUCUUUACUCCCAGCCUUUGGACCCAGACCAUGUCUUUCCAGCAGCAGCAGCAGCAACAGCAGCAGCAGCAGGCUCAGGUGAUGCACGCCCAGGCUCAGGCUGAGGCUCAUCUCCAGGCCCACGAGGCUGCCCAGGUCGCCGCUGCCGCCGCCCAGCGCAUGUCCAUUGCCAACUACUACAUGCCUUCUGCCCCUGCCUCCAACAGCAUGCCCAGUAUGUCUGGCGGUGGUCAGGUUCCUCCUUCGCUCUGGUCCCGUCGCUCCGACUCGGCUCCUUCGGUUGCCUCGCCUCCCAACCCCUCGACUCCUCCUUACCAGGCCCCUGCCGUCCCCGAGCUUCCCCGCAUGGUUGCCAAGCCCACCUUUGCGACCAUCGGCCACCACCCUCACUCGGACGAGGAGCGCGACGAGCUCGAGCUCAACUCGCAGUCGAGCGGUGCCGACGACCACCACCACCACAAGCUCGCCGCCGGUGUCCCCGCCGCCGCCGCCAUCCCCAACCUGCACGGUGGUGGCCGCGGUUACAUUCCCGGCAAGACCCCCGACGACCCCAAGAAGCGUCACAAGUGCCACGUCUGUGGCCGUGGCUUCGCUCGUGCGUUCAACCUCAAGUCGCACAUCCAGACGCACGACCCUCUGCGUCCCAAGCCCCACCAGUGCCCCCACCCCUCGUGCAAGCGCUCCUUCUCGCGUCUUCACGACCUCGAGCGCCACCGCCAGGGCAUCCACUCUGAUGGUCCCCUCGUCGAUGCUAAGCGCCAGGGUGUCAGCCCCAGCGUUGUCCGCGCCCAGAGCCGGAUGCAGCGUCGCGCCGAGGCCGGUGGCCUCAUCUAA